AUGUUUGCCGUGGCUUUAGGCGCGCUCGGCACGCUGCUCCUUUCGGCCGCCCUUUGGGCGUUUGGCGGCGCAGCGCUCGCUGCAUGGCGAAUGCGGAGCAUCCCGUCCCCCAAGGCGCCAAGCCUUGUGACCGGCCACCUGCCCGCCAUCCUCAGCGACCGCGCCCCCAUCAUCCUUGCCGAAUGGGCGGCAGCCCUGGGGCCCCUGGUGCGGCUGCGUCUGCUGGGCACCCCCAUGGUGCUGCUGGCCGACCCUUCAGAGGCCGGCAAGGUGCUGCGCCGCGGGCCAUCCUACAUCCCCAAGGCGCGCCAGCUGUACGCAGCCCUGGAGGUGGGCGUGCACCCCCAGACCCCCAACAUGCUGACGCUAGACGACGGCGCCACCUGGAAAGCGGUGCGGACGGCGGUCGCGCCGGCGUUCAGCGGCGCCAGCCUCAAGCAGGUGUUCCCGUUUACGGUGGACGCUACGCGCCGUACAGCCUCACGCAUCACGGCCGCAGGCCCUGGGGGUGAAGUAGACGUGGCUGACAUGGCGAAGAAGGUGACGAGUGACGUCAUGGGCAGCCUGCUGUUUGGGGAGGACCUGCAGGGCGUCGACGGCAAGCCCAGCGAGUACAUGGAUAUCUUCAACGAGGUGCUGGAGGCGGUGCACCAGCGCUUUACAAACCCCCUGAGGCCCAUCAUGGCGCUGUGGGACAGCCAGGCGCGUGCUGAAGCGCGCGUUCUGCGGGAGCACGACCGGCAGCUGGGUAUCAAGGUGGCGGCUGUCCGCAAGUGCCCCCCGCCAGAGUACACCAUCACUGGUCACCUGCUGAAUGUGGUGGACCCCGCCACGGGUCAGAAGCUCAACGACAACCAGCUCAAGGCAGAAAUUGGUGUCGUCUUUGGAGCGGGCUUUGAGACCACCAGCCACGCCAUCAGCUGGACCCUGGCCGCCCUGGCCGCCUACCCGGACUGCCAGGAGCGCCUCGCACGCGAGCUGGCCGCCGCGGGGCUGGCCCCCACCCCCGAGCACCCUGUGCCGCGCGACUUUGAGUGGAGCGACAUGGCGCGCCUGCCCUACCUGGGGGCGGUCGUCAAGGAGACGCUGCGCCUGUUCUCACCCGCAUCCCUCGGCACCACGCGCCUCACAGACCGCCCCGUCGAGCUGUGCGGCCACGUCGUCCCCGUGGGUGUGAUGGUGAUGGUGUCGCCUUACGCCAUAGCCAACCAGGCGAGGCUCUACGGCGAUGACGUCACACAGUACCGCCCAGAGCGCUGGCUGGCCAGGUCGGAGGGCGGCGCAGAGUACCUUCAGGGGGAGGCCAUGGCCGGCAACGGCGGCUGCGGCGAGCAGCAGCAGCCCCAGCAGCAGCAGGGCGUCGUGCCGGAUGCGAUACCAUUCAGCGUUGGGCCGCGCGACUGCGUUGGCCGGGCCCUUGCUGAUUUGGAGCUGCAGGUGGUGGUGUCGAUGCUGGUGGGGCGCUUCAGGUGGGAGGGGGACGCGACCGAUGCGGACGACCUCAAGCGGCGCGCCUGCUACCACGUCACACUGCAGCCCAGGGGCGGCAGCAUGAUGCUGCGGGCCACGCCCCGCGAGGCAGUGGCCGCGUGA